UCAACCUUCCUCCUCCUCCCCCCUCUUUCUCUCUCUCUCUCUCUCUCUCUCUGCCCCCCUCUCUCUCCUGCUGAAAUCUAGGGCACAAAAUCUUGCGUUGCAACCAUGAAUGUCUUCAGAUUGGCCGGCGACAUGACUCACUUGGCCAGUAUUCUGGUCCUCCUCCUCAAAAUUUACGCCACCAAAUCGUGCUCAGGAAUUUCGCUUAAGACUCAGGAGCUCUAUGCCCUGGUGUUUCUGGCUCGGUAUUUGGACCUGUUUACGAACUUUAUUUCUGUGUAUAACACUGUGAUGAAGCUGGUGUUUAUCGGAAGCUCGCUGGCCAUUGUUUGGUGUAUGCGUAUGCACAAAAUGGUGAAGCGUUCUUACAAUAAAGAGCUCGAUACGUUCCGGCAUUAUUUUCUUAUUGCUGGCUGCUUUAUGCUCGCCCUGCUUGUCAACGAGAAGUUCGCGUUUCAAGAGGUGCUCUGGGCAUUUUCUAUAUACUUGGAGGCGGUUUCUAUUAUUCCGCAGUUAAUUUUGCUACAACGAAGUGGAAAUGUGGACAAUUUGACAGGGCAAUAUGUGUUCCUUCUUGGGGCCUACCGUGCAUUAUACAUUCUCAACUGGAUCUACCGCUACUUCACAGAACCACACUUCAGUCGAUGGAUAGCGUGUGUCGCCGGUCUGGUUCAGACAGCUUUAUAUGCAGAUUUUUUCUACUACUAUUUUCUCAGCUGGAAAAACAAUGCAAAGCUUCAGCUGCCAGCGUAAGCCAAGGAAGCAUGUUUUGUUCUUACAUCUGACUUUUAUACGCUAUAGCUGAUAAAUCUGCAUGCGGGAUAACUCUGCUGGAAGAAGCGCAUAGGGAUUACGAAGUUUCCAAUUAGGAUGGCAACCCCAUUGCCACAAACGGGGGAGUAGUAAGUCAAUUUAGGGUGUAGUUACCCAUCUUAUAGGCACUUGCAGGUCACCUUGUAAAGAUGUUGAAUGCUGGAAAGAUUAAUGGAAUAACAGGCAUGUUAUAACUC